UGGGAAGAGAAGCUCCUUACACACAGGCCGGGAAAGACUAGCACACACUGCUGAACGGAAGCAGAGAAUUCACAGAGGAAAAGUGGCCAUGGACCUGAUUCCAAGCUUGUCCAUGGAAACCUGGCUUCUUCUGGCUACCAGCCUGGUUCUGUUCUAUCUCCCCUUCAUUUGUGCCAACACCAGCAUGACUUUACCAAGAAGAGGAAAGCGGGAAAGAAUCAGAAAAAUUCAUCCAGUCCACCCUCUGCCUUCUUAUGGAUCCAUAUAUGGGACCUCCACACAUGGACUUUUUAAGAAGCUGGGAAUUCCUGGGCCAAAACCUCUCCCUUUUGUGGGAACUGCUCUGGCCUACCGAAAUGGUUUUUGCGAUUUUGAUGAGCAAUGUUUUAGGAAGUAUGGAAGAAUGUGGGGGUUUUAUGAUGGGCAACAGCCUGUGUUGGCUAUCACGGAUCCAGACAUGAUCAAAACAGUACUAGUGAAAGAAUGUUAUUCUGUCUUCACAAACCGGCGGUCUUUUGGUCCUGUGGGAUUAAUGAAAAAUGCUAUCUCUAUGUCUGAGGAUGAACAAUGGAAGAGAAUACGAACAUUGCUGUCUCCAACUUUCACCAGCGGAAAACUCAAGGAGAUGUUCCCCAUCAUUGGCCAGUAUGGAGAUGUGUUGGUGAGGAACCUGAGGAAGGAGGCAGAGAAAGGCAAACCUAUCAACUUGAAAGACAUCUUUGGGGCCUACAGCAUGGACGUGAUUACCAGCACAUCAUUUGGAGUGAACAUUGAUUCUCUCAACAAUCCACAAGAUCCCUUUGUGGAAAAUGCCAAGAAGAUCUUAAAAUUUGAUUUCCCUGAUCCAUUUUUACUCUCCAUAGUACUCUUCCCAUUCCUUACUCCAGUUUAUGAAAUAUUAAAUAUCUGGCUAUUUCCCAAAAAAGUUACUGAUUUUUUCACAAAAUCUAUAAAAAGAAUGAAGGAAAGUCGCCUAAAAGAUAAGCAAAAGCACCGAGUGGAUUUACUCCAACUGAUGAUUAACUCCCAGAAUUCUAAGGAAGUGAAUACCCACAAAGCUCUUUCUGAUCUGGAGCUUGUGGCCCAGUCUAUUAUCUUUAUUUUUGCUGGCUACGAGACCACUAGUACUUCUCUUUCCCUCCUUAUGUAUGAAUUGGCCACUCAUCCUGAUGUUCAACAGAAACUGCAGAAGGAGAUUGAUGCGACUUUCCCCAAUAAGACACUGCCCACUUACGAUGCCCUUGUACAGAUGGAGUAUCUGGACAUGGUAUUGAGUGAAAGUCUCAGAUUAUACCCAAUCGCUGGGAGACUUGAGAGGGCCUGUAAGAAAGAUGUGGAAAUCAGUGGUGUCUUCAUUCCCAAAGGGAUGUUGGUGAUAGUGCCAACCUUUUCUCUUCACCGAGACCAGGAUCUCUGGCCAGAGCCUGAGGAGUUCCGUCCUGAAAGGUUCAGCAAGAAAAAUAAGGACAGCAUAAAUCCUUAUACAUACCUGCCUUUUGGAACUGGACCCCGAAACUGCCUUGGGAUGAGGUUUGCGAUCAUGAACAUGAAACUUGCCCUUGUCAGAGUCCUGCAGAACUUCUCCUUCAAACCUUGUAAAGAAACACAGAUCCCCCUGAAAUUAAGUUCUUACGGGUUAAUUCAACCAGAAAAACCUGUUGUUCUCAAGGUUGAGCCAAGAGAUGGGAGUGUGAGUGGAGCCUGACUUUCCUAAGGACUUCCCCUUUGUUCUUCAAGAAGCUGUAUCCCAGAUCACCAGAGACCUCAAUUUCCUUUGUGAGUAAAACCCAGAAAUGAAGAUGGCCUGCAUCUACUGCCCGUGACAGAUGACUAGGGCUUCCAUACAUUCACUUAGCUUUUUUGGUGUCUGUGUGGAGCAUUCUCUAUUGCAGAGAGCAAAGGAGGUGACCAAUAAAUACCAGAGAUGUAGACUCA